GGUUGCGUAACCAGUCAGAUGAGUUUCUACGUUCCGUUCCCUUCCGAACGAAACAACUCGUCUGACCAUCUGAGGGCUCUAGAGGUAGAGCACGCCCUCUCUUUAGCUGCACUGUGAGUUUUGUAGGGAUUUCACUUUUAAUGUUCGUUUUAUUCGAACAAAAUGGAUUUUGAUCAGCUAUUUGACGAGCGAACAUUUCCGUUUUCGGACUUCCAAGAGUUUACGUUUCUUCCCGGACACCAGCAACUAGCAGCCCGUGUUCGAAAGCGUUUAUACUAUGGCCUUGAUCCAGAUACCUCAUUGGAUGCCCUGUCCUGCCCGGUAACAGACAUUGCUGUGGAACUGCUUCAGAAAUCUGCACCGAGUCCUAUCCGCAAACUCCAGAAGAAAUAUGCUGCUCAUGUGGCCAGAGAGGCUUGCAUCUCGCCCUGUGCUAUGAUGUUGGCCCUGGUGUACAUCGAGAGACUACGACACAGAAACCCUGAAUACCUGCAACAGAUCUCCUCCUCAGACCUCUUUCUCAUAUCCAUGAUGGUGGCCAGUAAGUACCUGUACGACGAAGGUGAAGAGGAGGAGGUGUUUAACGACGAGUGGGGAGCAGCGGGCAAACUGGACACGCAAACGGUCAACACCCUGGAGAUGAACUUCCUCAACGCCAUUGAGUGGAGCCUGUUUACUGAACCCAAAGAGUUCUUUGACAUGUUGAGACAACUAGAAGCAAGUAUCGCGGAGCGGCAGGGCAUGAAGCGCGGCUGGUUCACCUACACGGACCUGUGCGUGCUGCUGGAGCAGUCGUCAUGGCGACAAGCUCUGGCUGCCAUCUACCAGCACUUUACCAUGGUUGCCUGCAUGGUGGGUCUCCUGUACCUGACCAGUGUGGCCAGUCUGAUCGCCGCCUCCACCCUGCUGCACCAGCUCAGCACCAGCCUCCGCGUCGCCCACCUGCCCACCCCCGCCCCCAUCCCCAUCCACAUCCCCAUCCCCAUCCCCGUGUCCUCCCCCAACUGCUGCGUCCCCGACACGGAGAGUCAGGACCACCCCCCCACCACCUCCACCGCUUCUCCUCCCUUCUCAGUCCCCUCCGAGACCCCGGCCUCGACCUCCACGCUCUCCCCAGACGCGGUGCUCUGCUUGUGGGACUCGCUCCUCUCCACUCUGGCUUUGUCCGACCCACCUCUACCUCCGCCCCAGCCGGACGCAUACCAGCCCCACUCCUCCUCCGGGUCUCUGCGGUGUGUGGGUUGCUCUGACCUCCACCGGCCCUGGCAGUGUGGCGGCUCCAUCGCCCAAAACGUCACCCUUCCCACGCACUGCGGUCGAGCCUCACACCCCUCCUCACUCCUCGGGCCCUGGCUCCCCCUUCCAGCCCUGCUCAGCGGCUCUCCCCUGGCCCACCAUCACCACCAUCACCAACACCACCACCAAAGCGGACUGGACCCUCUGCUAGGCCGCGGAAGCUGCCCACACACCUCGCUACCCUUUGGGAAGGUGCCCACCCUCCUCGUCCCCGGUUAGGAAAUUGGAGAGCGGAGGGAAGCUUGCAGCCUCUUUGUUUUUUUCCACAUUAUCGACGAGAGGCAUUACCGUAAUGCAACAAUAUAAACCAGCGCUAUUACCAUAUAGUCCUCCCCUCCUGUUACAUCUCCAAACACUCACGAGGCCUUCGCGUCACUCCUUCCAUCUCCAUCUGUUUUGAACAAACUACGCCGCUUUAAUCCUUGGAUAGCCAAAACCUCACCAAUAGCAACUGUGGUGCUCAAUUAUAGUCCUCCAUUUUAUAGUCCUCAAGUUUUUUUUUUGCCUUCUAGGCAACAGAUGAAAUCAUCAUAAACCCCCCCACUCCCACAGUCAAAGAUUUAGGCAAGUGUGGUGUGACUAAAAUGGUAUGAGCUUCAUCCAGAAGCUUUGCAGCUUUAAAAAAAAAAAGAAUAGCGAACGAGCUUGUGAGCUUUAGCAAGUGGCGAUAUUAAGGCUCCGUUCAGCAGUGUCUGUUCAUACAGUAGUGGCACUGUAGUGGAGCAGCGGUGGGUUUGUGGAGGAUCAUUUGUUGUUCUGUUGUGUUUGUGUGCGCUUGUACAGCUUUUUUUGUCGGAUCAGCUUUUUUGAGGCUUGGGUUUGGCUGUUUGAGCAGAGGGGAGUUUGAAGUCUUUGUGGCUUGUUGGUCACCCCUUUUAUAGUGUGUGCGUGCGUGUGUGUGUACUCCAUUAAUCCUGCUUUGCAAACAAAAGCUUUUGGUGUGUGUGUGUGGUGAAUGAGUGGGUGACUUUAUAAUGACUUUAAUAGAAGAAUGUGAUGUUGUGUGUUCAGCCAGCCUUAGUUCCGCAUUGCAGUGUAAGCUGUAGGGGUGACAAAUGAGAUUAGGAUGGAUAACGAGGGUUUACAUGUAAUUUAGCACAAGAAUAUUGAAGGUGUCUGACCAAGCCCAGUCUUGGGUUACUGGCAUAUCCAGUUAAGAUGACGUUGGGAGCGUUUUGAAUUGUUUUGCAAAAGGGAAGGCGCUUGGGCAAGUUUGCAGUGAAAGACCAUUUAUGAAAAGUCUGCUGUGUGAAUUGUCAGGAAACUAAAGUGAAUAUCACGAGACACAGUUGGUGUUCCCCAAAGGGACUUGAUAGUGAAGUUCUUUUUACUCUUACUUUUCAGUCACUUUCCACUUCUAGUGUGGAAAAAAUGCUUUUGUUUCUGUUUAGAGACAUAAACGACAAUGCCGUCUCUUAUCAGGUUGGUAGAGAUUGUCCGGUUGUAAACUGGUGCAGACAGCAGUUUAUGGAUUUACACGGAAGUUGCGGUGUAGUUGACCAUACGCUGUUGGCGUCCAGAUUCAGUCUGAAGCUAUGUUUAGGCUGGGGUGACUUCAUUAACGGAUGGUUCCAUUGUUCACACAUUAAUCAUAAGAUUGUUCCAAAGUCGUUUUCCCGUGUGUAAAGGUGUCAUUCGUCUCAGCUUUGGCAGAGGUGAGCCCUAAUAGUACAACUCAUACAAUUGUAAAAUCGUACGCUUUUUUAUGUGAAAAAAAAACAAACAAAUAAAAAAUACAUGUACAUAUGUUUUAAAAAGUUUCAAAUCUUGAAAAAUCGAACUGGAGGGGAGAACAUGUUUACAAAAACAGAGAAAAUCAGCCUAAUUUCCAACACUUUUUCAAACAUGCUCGAUUGGUGAGGGUAUUACAUUUUUUUUAUUAGAAUUUUGCCAACCUACAACUUCAGCACUGAACUCAGAAAGAAACAACGAAACAAACAGAAAAAAGGCCAUGUUGUUUUUUCUUUUCUGUUAGAAUCUUCAAAGUACCUCAGUAUGGCCUGUCUUCUCUAAAACGUCUGCAAAAUUAGUCAAGAUGGACUCUUUUUUUUUUUUUGCCUCCAUGUCAUUUGGGUCACAUGAUCAGGAACGCUCCCAGGUUGGACUGCAAAACCACAGCACACAGCAUGUUCCUGAUAGUCCACCUCCAGUACACCUGCUAAGAUGUUAGUUGAACCAUACCUCAGUGAACAUCUCUGUAAUGCUAGUCAAUGUACAUUAUGACAGUGGUGUAGGCUAGACACAGUCUGGACUCAUUUCAGUAGAAGUUCUUUCAAAGUGUGCUUUUUUUUACAGAGCAGUUGUCCAUGCUUGGCCAUCGUGCAUUUUGCUAAUGUUACUAUCCCUGUGCACCUUAUGAGAGACCAUAGACAUUUGUGUUCUUUGAAGUGUGUGUGUGUGGACUCAAGAGUGGGACAAGGAGGUGGUACUUUAUUGGUCAGCUCUUUUGGCCAAUGAUGAUCUCCUGUGCUGUCGUCCCGGUGGCAGAUUGAUGUGAAGGGGAGUGGCCUAAGCAAGCAGGUCCAGCCUCCUCUUAAAGUCUUGCACCUCUCUCAGUCUUGAACCCUUUUCGGUAUCAUUGGGCACACACACACACACACACACACACACACACACACACACACACACACACACACACACACACACACACACACACACACACACACGUGGACGCUUUCAGCUUAGUUCUUUCCUCACAUAUCGGAAUUGGGUGAAAUGUUUUCUCCUGGAACCUUGGAAGUUCUUUUUUUCCCCUUAAAGUUUUUGUUCCAAGGAACAUUUUUAGUUGCCAUGUGCCAUUGCAAAGGGUUUUGUUUUUGCCUAGGUGGCAAGUAAUACAAACCAAGUUCAACCAAUCUUUGGCGCAGGAUGGUGUGCAGUGUUCUGUAGAUAACAUGUACAAAGCACUCACCCUUGUGUAAUAAAAAUGCCAUUUAAAGGAUCACA